AUGAUCAAAGCAGCCCAAGUCCUCAAUAUCCCAAUCUACAUCACGACGCAGAACGCGGCACGUCUAGGCUCGACCGUGUCUGAACUCACGUCCCUCCUCGCUGCCGCCGACUUGUCCUCCGCGACGGCGACGGCGACCACCGAAGUCGACAAGACGGCGUUUUCGAUGCUCGUGCCCGGUCUCACGGAGCAAUUGGAGGCCGCGCCGUCGGGACCCGCGAGCGCGGGCAAGAAGAUGAGCGUCAUCAUCGUCGGGAUCGAAACCCACAUCUGCGUCACGCAGACGGCUUUGGAUCUGCUCGCGGGCGGCCACAGGGUUUACAUCCUCGCCGACGGCGUCAGCAGCUGCAACGCCGGAGAGCGGCCCGUGGCUCUGUCCCGGCUGGCCCGCGAAGGCUGCACCGUCACCACGAGCGAGAGUCUGCUGUACGAGGUGCUGGGUGAUGCCAAGGACCGGAACUUCAAGGCCAUCGCAGGGCUCGUCAAGGACACGAAAGAGGACACCAAGGAUGCCGUCGAGACUUUGUGUAGUAGACUAUAA